UUAGUUACUGAGCCCCUGAAUCUCGAAUUUCUUGAAGCCAUCUCCCUCCCGGCUCGCCAGAUCUGCCCCUUGGUAGGAGAAGCAGAAGAACUAGAAGAGAGAGGCAGGCGAAAAUGGAGAAGAGCCAGGGGCUGGUGGAUCUCUGUAUUGAAGCCGCAACUGCAAGCAGUGAGAGCGUCGAGAAAUGGCGGAGGCAGUGGAGGACUGUCGAGCGCCUUCCUUCUCAGCUCGCUGAUGCUCUCUUCAGACGUCUACACAGCCGCCGCCUCCUUUUCCCAUCCAUUCUUGAAGUUUUCCAGCUUUCUGUCGAAAUGGUUGACUUGAGUGGUGAGAGUUGUGUGGAUACUGAGUGGAUGGUUUACCUGGGUGCAUUUCGUUGCUUGCAUAGUUUGAAUAUUGCAGAUUGCAAGAACAUCAAUAAUUUUGCUCUGUGGCAUCUAUCAGGGCACAAUAACCUAAAAGAAUUAGACCUGUCAAGAUGCUCAAGGGUCACAGAUGAUGGCAUUAAGCAUUUAUUGUCCAUUUCAAGUUUGGAGAAGCUAUGUGUGUCAGAAAUAGGAUUGACUGUUGAUGGAGUGCUCUGCCUCUCUUCUUUUGUAAAUCUCCGUGUGUUGGAUCUGGGAGGGAUUCCUGUCACUGAUAAGGCACUAUCAUCGUUACGGGUGUUGACACGGCUUGAGCACUUGGAUUUAUGGGGCAGUGAAAUUUCCAACAUUGGUGCUGCUACCUUUGAAAAGUUCCCUUUGUUGAGUUUUUUGAAUAUAGCUUGGACCAAAGUUACCAGAUUACCUUUUCUUUCUAUUGCUUGUUUAAACAUGAGUAACUGCACUAUCCAUUCUAUAUUUGAAGGAGACAAAAGAGCCACUCCUACUUUGUCAAAGUUAACUGUUAUUGGAGCAACUUUUUCUCAUGCAGAUCAGGUUUUUUCAGGUCUCCAAUCAGACUGCUUGAAAUUCCUGGAUAUAUCUUACUCAAACAUUGGCAACUUCAAUUUUUUGGUUUCCUUGAAUAACUUGGAACAUUUAAAUCUUAGUUAUACUCAGAUAACAGAUGGUUUAAUGGAGCAAGUAGCAUCAUCUGGAGAGAAAUUGAGGUAUUUAAAUCUCAGUAAUACCAAGAUAACUUCCCAUGCUUUGUCUGUAUUAGUUGGAUGUACUCCAAACCUUGAUACUUUAUCUUUAUCCCACACUUUGGUUGAUGAUACCUGUUUCAUGCAUAUGAGCAUGACACCUUCUUUGCGAGUAAUUGACUUGAGCCAUACAAGAAUUAGAGGCUUUGUUUAUUCUCACAGAGAGAGUUCAGAUAAAUUACUCUCGCUUGGUGCACUUCAGAAUCUCACUAACUUGAGAAGCCUGAAUUUGGAAGAUACAAAAGUGAUGGAUGAGGCGCUUCAACCCUUAUCUCUUCUCACAGAACUGGAGUGCUUAUAUCUGAAGUGUGAAUUCUUAACUGAAAUCUCACUCCAUGUGAUUGCAUCUCUUCAGAAAUUAAAAUUUCUUGGGUUUCGUGAUGCCGUGCUUACAGAAGAAGGCCUUCUUUCUUUUAGGCCUCCUCCAUUACUUUGCGUAUUUGAUCUCAGAGGUUGUUGGCUUUUGUUGGCCAAUACCAUUUCUUCAUUCUGCAAAAAAUACCAGCAAGUUGAGGUCAGACAUGUGUAUGCCAGCAAUCGAUUUGAGGAUGAAAAUGUUUCUUAUGGCUCAUCUGCAUCAUUCAGAACUACUAAAGUACCUCUGUCAAGACCCAGAACAGUGGGAUCAUCUAAUGCUUCAUUUAUGGAUGAGAGAAUGAAAUAUAGCACAGAAGACUUAUUAAAGUUGGAGAACUCACCUGGAUUCAGCAGUAUACUGAAAGAUCUAGAUCUGUUGCCUGAGAGUUUGAGGAAGAUGUAAUGUUCAUCCAAUUCUUUACCAUGUUUCGGCUCAUUUUUGUGUUUUGUCAUUUCAUGAAGUUGUUAUGGUUUGUGAUAGUUAUCUAUUAACGUAGAUUUUGGAUUGCAUGGUUGCUGAUUUACUAGGAUAUUGUUCGAAGAUAUGGCUUUAGUAUUUUAUACUCAUAACAAGUUAGUAUCACUGCUAACUCAUUUUGCUAUAGCCAAAUGCACUAGGUGAUUUUGCUUCUUGUUGUUUGACAGCUUCACAUGGGGUCACAGGGAGGAUGAAUUAUUAGAAUCGAAU